UUGAAUCGCAACGCCUGCUAUGUAGCCCUCAUUGGUAUAAUAAGCCACGAAUUGUCACCGCCGUCGCGCGCCGCAGUCGAGCACAGUAGUAGUAGCAGCAGCAACAGACGAAGAGAGAGAAAACAAAACAAUCAAGUUCAAUUUUGUACAGUCUCUUACGAGAGGUUCGUUGUCUUCGUUUAGUUUCAGCAGUUUGCGAGCAGAAAUUUCCACUCAGUCGGGCAAAAUUGUAUGUUAUUGGUGCGCGUUACGCGUUUCGUUUGUGCUGGAUUGCAGCCGUUCCAACGAGUUGUUCCGAUUGUUACUUAAAGCAACUGGGUUUGCUGCAUCUUAACUUUUAUUUGCCUUUUGUCAAAUCAAAUCGCCUUGAUCGUUCAAGUGAAAGGCAGAGAAAAGGAAAAUUUCCUCUGCACACACAAAAGAAACGAAGCGUGCGAGAAAAAGAGAGCAAGAUCACGAUCGUUCGUCGAAAGAAGUAUUAUAAAGUUCCGAAAGAGUGCAUCGUUCAAAGGGAAAGAAGAAGAUUUCUUUUUUGACAUUUUGAUUUAUCUUUUGGUUUGUCUUGCAUGCUGUGAAACAUUCGCUGCAGUGAUUGAAGGGGUUUUCCUGUUGAUCGUAGCUUUCCGAGACGAUUUCUAGCUGGAGAAAAGAUUCGGUGUCGAUAAAUUCAGUGUUUUUCCCGGGAAAGAGAAACGAAAGUAAGAGACAAAGUCUUCGUCGGUGCUCUAACAUAACGAGUUUGAAAACGGCGACAGUUAUUGCGUGACAGCUCGGCAGAGGUGGCUGAAGAGGUGAAAAGCCUCAUUUUUUUCUAGCAACCAGGUUCCCGUAAAGCAGGAAAACUGAAGAAGUUAGUGCAAACACGUCUCAAUAUGAUCCAGGAUCCGGGCGCCGGAACGAACAGCGAGAGUCCCGAAUUGCAACCAGCGAUCAAGUAUGAACGGGUGGCGUAUGACAUUCACCGGCCACCGGGUUCUGCGGGACUACCGGCAACACCGACGGCCAUGGAAGUAGACCCAGAGACACCGCUUGAUAUGACAGUUCGCCGAAAGGAUUCCGAUCGGCAGACGGAUUCCUGUUCGGCAGCCGAUCAGCCAAAUACAUCCAACAGUGGCCGAAACAAUGCAGAUGCACCGAUUAAUCUCAACGUGCGCCCGAGUGUGAUAACGAAAGCUCCACCACCGCCAAUCAAGAAGCGGAUCAGCAGCAUGCAUAGCAAUGGUGAAAUAGUGAUAAAAAGCGCUGUGGGUGAUAAUCUGUCUCCGGUCAAUUGUGACGUUUUCAUCGAGGAACACUUCCGGAGAUCGCUUGGUAAUACCUAUGCUUCCAUUUAUGGAUCCAACAAUAACAACAAUCAACCGAAAAGUGGCAGUGAUACCAGAAACAGUAGUACUAGCAGCAGUAGCAGUAUUAGCAGUAGUUCAAGCAGCGGAAACAGUGGUUCCGCUCUCAGCACUAGCAGCAGCCUGAACAGUUCUAGCGGAAUCAGUACUGCUGUCAGUGGCAGCAGUAGCAUUAGUCUGACUAAUUUCAGCGUUGGCAGCCAGUUGGCCGGUAUUGGCACGGCUGCCAGACAAAGCCAAGCAAGCCCACAGUUGGAGGUCGCAUCGUUGCUAGCUGUCAAAGCCGACACCGGACUGCUGCUGCAGCAGCAGCAGCAACAGCAGCAGGAGUCGAAGAUAAAGAAAGAGCAGCCAGGAACGAUGCAGCAUGUGAGGCCGGACUCGGAGGAGGAAGUUGAUGACCACUUCGCAAAGGCCCUCGGAAACGAUACCUGGAAGAUGAUACAGGAGAAGAAAAUGAAUUUGUGAGCGAGAGUACGACUGUGAGUGCAACUAAGAACAUACAUACACACACAAACACAUGUUGGACGGGAAUUUUUUUUAGGCAAGGUUAUGUUUUAGGGUAAGGACUCUACUACGGUAGCAAGCAGCAGCAGAUUUGCCGCAGAUAGAGAAGGAAACGGUACCUCGAAAAAAAGAACUAUCUCAUCGAGAUAACAGAAAAUUUCAAGAAUAGAAUUCUGCAGUCCUUGUGCUCCGACGGCCCCGAUCGAAAUGAUGGUUAAUUGUUCACACAUUUAUACCUCUCAUUUAAAUUACUCUCGUACUAUAUUAACUGAUGCUGAUGUCUGUGUUAGGAACGCUUCUCUUUUAUACAUAUUACCUUUUUUAAAAAAAUCGCCACUUGUUUAAAACGAGCGCAUUUACUGAUUCCUUGUUUGUUGUAAUUGAUUAUUGUGGUUCCCAUCGACUUAUUUCCUUGUUGCGUCUCAUUCUAUCACCAAAUGAUCAUGGACUGUGUACAGACAGGUCUUACAAUACAUUACACAAGUUAGUGACACACGCUGUGUUUCCGAUAACUUGUGGCUAAGCUUCAGUCUUUCGACGAAAAGCCACCGACAAACAGCAAUCCGGAUUCUGAUAGUUACGACGGAUCAAAUUACUUCUACAUGGGGAAAAAGGUUGCUAAGCUCAGAAGUUAGUUACGAUCUUUACUAAAACUACUAAACAAGCACGAGAUUAUCGUGAGCUUGGCUCACUUAACGAAACUUACAUACCAGGGACUACGCGAUCCGAAAUUUGAACUGUAUACAGAUCCAAGACCCUUUUUGCUACUACAUAUAUGUGCCCAAAAACCAGGUAGUUCGAACUGUUUAUUUGCAAAGUAUGAGGUCAAACCGCAAUUUAGUGAGUUCCCUUUGUGAUAAAUUUAGAUUUUUGUUCUUGUUUAAAGGAUAUUUAAAAACAAAUAAGUGUGGUUCAUCAACUAAGAAACGUUUGGGAGAGCUCAUUGAACUGCUAAACGAAACGCUCAAGUGGUUCAGUGUAACAGUCAAUCAUUCAAACACAGUUAUCACCAAAUCUAACCGCCUAGCAACUGCUUAAAACUUCAGUUAAAACCACUGAUUAUUCACGAAAAAUGUCUCUACGUUGGUGAUAAUACUUACUCGUUGAAUGUUCAGAACUGGCAACAUCACCGGCGAAAAAUUUCGUCACCGAGCCAACACAGUAGGCGAUGGCCCGUUUGUUAUAAUCCAAGCAGUCUGAUGAGUGAUGUACACGGAAAAAAAACCAUUCAGUGGCCGAACUACUCCUUCGCUUCAGUACUGAUUUCGAAUGGUGCUAGAGUGUAUCGAACGCAAUCUAUUCACCUUUGGAAGCCAGUACUUGGGAAGAUGUUUUACCGCCGCAACCAAUAUAUCAAAACUUGUAAUCAAAAUCCAUUCGUAAUAUUUGCAAUUGAGUUUAUUUAGAUUUGUUUUUUUCUUUUCUUUUUGUACUUCAAAUGGUAAUGUGGAACAGGAAAAGUUUUUUUGUGUUUCUGAUAUUUUAAUUUUUUUCAUUUUUUUAUCGAAUAAUAUUAGUGAUAAGUUUUAAUGCGAACUAAAAGUGAGGAAAAAUCAAAAAAAAAGUUUUACGCAUACACACAUUAUAACAGAAAACUACCAUCCACUGGAAAAAAAUAAUAAGCUAUAUAAGUGUAAAGUUCUCGAUGAAAAAGUAAUAAAUAUUUUUGUGAUAGAAACUUCCUUUAAGAAAGAA